AGACUGACAGAUUUAACGGCUCUGGACGUGCGUCCAUCUGAAGACACGCAGGAUGAUGCUGAACGAUCGGUGGACCAUCAUGAACAACAGCAGCUCAGAGCUGGACGCCAAACGGCCGAGACACAAGAGGUGUCGCAGCUUCCUGUUGUGGUCUGUUGUUGUCCUGGUUGUCACAGCAACCAUCGUCACAGCAACAGUCGUCGUCCUGUACCUGAACCACUAUCCUCUGCCCCUGCUCAGCAGGGCUGGAGUUUCCUCACCAGUGAUUUCCACAAACACCAAAGACUCUGGGGCCCUGGUGACGGUGUCCCGCGUAGUGGACGGAGAACCGAUCAGCAUCUUUCUGGACCCGAACUGUCCGGACUUCAAGGAGCAGUUCCUGCGCUGGGAGGCGCUGCAGAGCUCGUUGCUGCGGACGCUGACCAAUCACAACACGGAGGAGUGGCAGGAGAGGGGGUGGGUCCAGAAGCUCACAGAUGAGCUGAAAGUGUUAACAGGCCACGCCCACAACCUCAGGCUUGAAAGUGAUUUGCUGAAGAAAAGUCAAGGUGUUCUGGACCAACGAAUGAAUGAACUGCAGGCUGAGCAGAGCCGCAUCGUCCAGGUAUUGUCUGAAAAUCACUCAGGUGUGCUGAAAUUGGCUGAAGGUUUCCGAGAUUCUCUGGUCAGUCUGAAGAGGGAGACCGAGAGUCUGAGGAAGCUGAAGAGUGAACUGGGUCGAGACCUCAUACCCACAGCUGUCAGACCAAAAGACUGCAGGGACAUCCUGACGUCCGGCGUCUCUCAGGACGGAGUUUAUUCUGUGUUUCCAACUCACGAUCCCAACGGAUUCAUGGUCUACUGCGACAUGAGCACCGAGGGAGGAGGCUGGACGGUGAUCCAGAGGAGGGAGGACGGCUCGGUGAACUUCUUCAGAGGCUGGGAGGCCUACAGAGACGGCUUUGGGACGAGCACAGGAGAACACUGGCUGGGUCUGCAGAGGAUCUACGCCCUCACCAGGUCAGGUGGUUUUGAGUUACGUAUCGACAUGGCCGACUUUGACAACGCCACGGCGUUCGCUCAGUACUCCGACUUUUCUGUUGGGCGAGACUCUGUGAACCCAGAGGAGGAUGGCUACCCGCUGACUGUGGACGGGUACUCUGGGACGGCAGGUGACUCCUUUUUGAAGCAUUCUGGGAUGCGGUUCACCACCAAAGACCGGGACCAGGACCAGUCUGAGAACAACUGUGCGGCGUAUUAUCAGGGGGCGUGGUGGUACCGGAACUGCCACACAUCCAACCUGAAUGGGCAGUACCUGAGAGGAGGCCACGCCUCCUAUGCUGAUGGCGUGGAGUGGUCCAGCUGGACCGGCUGGCAGUACUCUCUCCGGUUCACCGAAAUGAAGAUACGACCCAGAAAUCCAGAGUCCUGAACCAAAACUCUCUCCUUCUCCACGGUCCAGGAGGAGCUCUCGGGUCUGAACAGCAGUUCCUCUUUGAUGUUCCAGGACCAAACUGAACCACCAGGUGAUGGGGCUUUGCUGCUGCAUCUCUGUGGAACAGUUCCCGUCUUCAUACACGGACCUCUGAGACCGCCAGACUUUUAGAUCUGUGAACCCGAACCGGAGCAGGAGGUCCAACAGAACUGAUGCUUUCAUGUUUCUGUGUUUCAGCUUUUACUUCUUCUUUCAUGUUUCCUGCAUUUUAUUGCUCUGUUCCUGACGGAGCUGUAAAACACUUUUAAUGUGCUAGAGAAAUUAAAGUGAGACGACACGACCUUUGACCCC